AUGGCUGGCGCAGCAACGACAAUGAACACGGACUCGCAAAAACGUUUGCGUACCAACGAAGAAGGUGAUUCAGUCGAUGCAGCCGAGACACAGUUUGUCAAUGAGUACAAUGGCUACAAAUUGCCGGAAGAUAAUUGCACCAUUAAACGCAUUCCAGUUAACAGCGUCACACCGGAGCAGUUCUUUGCCAACUAUGUGUGCACACGGACACCAGUAGUGCUGACCGGGUAUCUAUCGGACGAGGAGUUUACUGCACCAAGUAAGUGGGCAAGCUCCGACGAACGUCUCAUCGAACUUGCAGGAGACACGAAGCUGACGGUGGAACGUCGUGGAGAUGUCCACGAUAAGUUUGGCAAGGGAGUUGCAGUAGAAAUGCCGUUUCGUGACCUUCUCAUGCUCAUCGCAUCGGGUGACGAGAUGCACUAUCUGACGACACAGGAGGUGGCAUUUGAAGAGAAUGGAAGGCCGGAGGUUAUGGCUCCAUUCAUGAAGAAGUUACAAACGGACUUUCCGAUGCGUCCGAAGCUUAUGGGCCACUUGAUACCGCAGAAUAUCAACAUGUGGAUGGGAAACAACAAGCACGGAUCGUCAUCAGGACUGCAUCAUGAUCACCACGACAACCUCUACAUUUUAAUGCGCGGCAAGAAGCGCUUUCGGUUGUAUUCCCCCGGAGACGCUGACAAGAUGUAUGUGCGUGGACGGAUGGCACAUGUGCAUCCAAAUGGAUUAAUUAACUAUGUAGGGAAGGAGACGACGCCGUAUGGAGCCGAUCCGGCUGCGGAGCGUGAGGCGCUUGCUGCUAUUCAGAGGAAUGAAGCCGAACGCGAGUUGGCUGAAGCGGAGAAAGCAGUGGAAGCGGGAGAACCGGGAGCGGAAGCUCGUCUGGAAGCGGCUGAGGAACAGCUGGAGAAGGCCAUGUUCGAUGUGCUGCGUGCCGAUAAUAGUGACGAUGAAGGCGAUGAGGAGUUUGAAGACGGCGCGUUCCACUUCGAAGAGAGCGAAGCGGAGGGAGACGAUGAGAGCGAAGUGGGAGAGCUGGAUGAACUCGCUUUGGACCCUGUAGAGGAGGAAAAGAAAGACACUAAGCGCGAUGUUGGGGAGACCGAGGUCACGUACCCAGUGAGUUUUAGCCAGGUGGACACGCUCAGAUUGCGGGACGGCGAAGAGGCAACGCGAGAGCUACAUGCGGAGUUCCCUAAGUUUUGUGACGCUAAGGCAGCGUUCUGCGACUUAGAGGCGGGGGACAUGCUCUUCCUACCUGCGUCAUGGUUCCACGAGGUGGAGUCAUUCGGAUCUGCUCAAGGCAACGGCCACUUGGCUCUGAACUACUGGUUCCAGCCACCAGACCAACUCACACCCGAACACUUCACGUCGCCGUAUUCAUCAUCCUUCUGGCAACGUGACUGGGAUCAGCGUUUUAAAACUAAGGAAGAAGAUUAA